GUAAAGGCCGCGUCGCCGUGCUCUGCAUUAUCUCGCUCGCGAUGAUGAGAUAGGGUUCGAAGUGAGUGACCAUGGAAGACCCCACGCAAGUGCUCUACACGGAGCUACCGGUGCCGCUGCUGUCUACGGCCGCCAUCUUGCGGCACCAACGGCAAUCGCCCCGCUUCCAACCAUACCAACGGCUUCACCAACCUCAAAUCUACCACAACAAUUCGGUACACGAAGAAUAUUUGCGGUUGCACUCCGCCUACAAAGAACAGGUGAGCCCCGUGGAUCAGGGCAAGACGCAUAUUUCUUGCCUGUACCCGGAGAUUCUGUCCAUUAUAUUCAGUUAUUUGGAUGUGAGAGAUAAAGGCAGAGUCGCCCAAGUGUGCACCGCCUGGCGAGACGCGGCCUACCAGAAGUCGGUAUGGCGCGGCGUGGUGGCCAAGCUGCACCUGCGACGUGCCAACCCGUCCCUGUUCACGUCUCUCGUUAAGCGCGGGAUCAAGAAAGUUCAGGUACUGUCACUUAGGCGGUCCCUACGAGAUGUCGUCCAAGGUAUUCCCAAUCUAGAGUCGCUCAACUUCAGCGGCUGCUACAACAUCAAAGAUGAUGGUAUCUCGCAAGCUUUCGGCUCCGAGGUUCCGACCUUGACCGAACUGAAUCUAUCGUUAUGCAAACAGGUUACCGAUAAUUCCUUAGGGAGGAUCGUUCAGUAUUUGAAAAAUCUCGAAGUUCUAGAACUGGGCGGUUGCACACACAUUACCAACACCGGGCUUUUACUCAUCGGCUGGGGCUUUACAAAACUCAAGAGACUGAAUUUGCGUUCCUGCUGGCAGGUCAGCGACCAAGGCAUCAACCAUCUAGCCCAGGGUAACCUAGAGCUGGAGCAUUUAAGUCUUCAAGACUGCCAACGACUGUCGGACGAAGCCCUCAAAUUUGCUACCGGACUUACGUGUCUAAAAUCACUGAACCUUAGUUUCUGUAUCGGUAUAACAGAUAGUGGACUAAAACAUUUAGCUAGAAUGAAUACUCUGCAAGAGUUGAACCUUCGGUCUUGUGAUAAUAUUUCGGACAUCGGCAUGGCGUACUUGUCGGAAGGCGGGUCGAGAAUAAUAUCCUUGGAUGUGUCGUUCUGUGACAAAAUCGGUGAUCAGGCGUUAGUUCAUGUUUCUCAAGGACUCUAUAAUUUGAAAUGUUUGUCGCUUAGUGCUUGUCAGAUAUCAGACGAGGGUCUGGGAAAGAUUUCCAGCACCCUACACGAUCUAGAAACUUUGAAUAUUGGACAGUGUGCAAGGAUCACCGACAACGGCAUCACAACUUUAGCUGAAUCCCUUACCAGGCUGCGGUACAUUGAUCUUUACGGCUGUACCAAGAUAACCACUUUAGGAUUACAGAAGGUUAUGAAACUUCCACAACUAAGUAUUCUUAACUUAGGUUUGUGGCAUAUUAGGUGAAAAUAAUUACUUAGACGUGUAGGAAUUCUCGCAUGUAAUAUGCGACCUUUUUAGUAUGUUUGUUUUACUGUUGUCUGUCUGUCCAUUCUUAGGAUUUGCGCUCAAACGACAAAAAAUGUCGCAUUAUAUAGUCAACGAUUCAAAUGUCAUUAGGUUAACAUUCCACAGCUUUUAUGUUUGGGAGUUCAUUCUUAUUCGAUACAUCUCUAAGAAUGCAUUAAAUGUGUUAAUGACUCGGUUUACUGGAUCAAAAAUUAUGUUUAUUGCCACAUCAUUGAUUUAAAUUAAGUUCAUUUAAAUAGAAAUAUACUUUUCUUAUUCCACGUCUCGUUCUUCGUUUAAUUUGAUUUUGAUGUAAAAUAAAAUAGUUUUACUUUGUGUUGUAUAUAACACAACUUGUAAAUGAAGAAUGUAAUAUUAGGUAGGUACCUAAAAUUUGAAAUACAUAUAGGUAGGUACGAAUACCUAAUAUUUGAUAUCAAGUUUCAAAUGCUAUUUACACAUCGAAUAUUUUUAAAUAAAUUUUUAUUUUUCUAAAGAAUUAUAAAAUGACUGGUCUGUUGUUUAACUUUGUUAAAAAUAUAGCAACCAAACACAUUUUUCUUAUUCAGUACCUGUUACAGGAGAAUUUCUAGUAGGAAUUCUGUGAAGGGGGCAAUAAAUCAUGCGUGAAAGAGGGGCUGCAAAAUCAUCCCUUUUUAUUGUAAACAAUCUAAACGAAUGAUAGGCACAAUAUCCUAAGGUACCACCCUUCGGUACUUUUAUAAAAAUGAGUAAAUGCAAAUAUCCCACUAUUCUUCUCUGGCAUGUUUUAUUGCCCUUCUGUCUUUUUAUUAUACCUCUACUAUAAAUUCCAUGAUAUAAAAUCUAAAAGCCCAAAAGUUUUCAAGUAAAAUAUAAUCUAAUCCAAAAAAGUAAUUUUAACUAAAGUUUAAACACAUGCAUAUAACGACUUAUUAAAGUGUUAGCAUUUGAUUUGGUUCCAGUUUUAACAGGAUUUGACUUUUUUCAUUUAUUUUUUAUUUCUAUAAAUGUUAUUUUUUCGGAUAUGUGCAUCCAUUUGACAGGACUUGGUCAUUAUAUUCCACUCCCAAGCAUGGAUGCUUUAGGAACAGAUAGACUUACAGUACAACAAACUUAAGUACGCAAGAGCUGUGAUAAUUUAAAAACGAAUGACGUAAUUUGUUUAAGUAGAGUAAAAAAUUAAAUGAACUUAGGAUAACAAACAAAUCUAAUAAGAACAAGUUAGAAUAAUCGAUUAAAAUGAACACAGAUUAAGCUGACUAAAUGAGGGCAUAUCUUCAGGCAAAUGUAUAUAAUUAGUUUUUUAUCUAGGCUUAUACGUUGUAAAAUCGAGUUUGUUAAAUGACAGUUUAAAUCGCAAUUUGCUUUAUUUGGUUUUAAUUACAUUUACUACAGAUUCAAUAUUUUAAUAAUUCAAAAAAUAUUAUUCUACGCUAUAUUGAUUCCAUGCGCUUGAGAAAGUACUUGUUCUUCUGUCUUUAUUCAGUACAUCUUAUUUUACCAACCCCUACCAGUCUCAAUCUCUAGAUGUGCCAGUUUUCAUUUUUUUAACAAAUAAUAAUAUCAGCCUUUUCUUGAGGUAGAAGCAAAAAUAAUUGAGGGUUUUGUUUGUCAUUCAAAUAUUUGUCUAAAAUGGGCAUAUAUUUAGUUAAAUCAAUCUAUUGAAACAAUUAAUAAUUUAAAAAAAUAAAAAAAGACUUAUGCAAAGAUGAUGACAUGAAAUAUAGAUUUGUUCAUCCUGAAAGCAUUGCACAAUACUUAAAUGCCAUAAAAUAGCGAUCAAUUUGUUACAAAACCAUAUAAAUUAUAUAUCACUGUA